UAUCGAUUAGUCGAUUUCUAUAGCAGUAAUCGAUAGACACUUUAGAGAGUGACCAUUUGACUUGUUGCACGUUUGAAAACAAACGACAGUGAGGUGUUCAUACAUCACAGUGACUAGUGCAUUGCCCAUCACUGUCAGAUCAUAUGUGGCAUGACCUGUGUCUGAGUGCUGCUGCUUCAAGAAGUGGCUACAACAGUGACUUUAUAUUUGUGAAGAAAUGCAGAAAUACUGAAAAAUGAAGUGAGCUGAUGAUAACGUGGGUGUCCAGGUGUUACAACCGAAAAAAGUUAUGAGUGAAAGCAGUGAUGUGGAAUCACCGUGAAAUGAAUGGAACAGAGUAGCAUACAGAUGGAAGGGAGCUCAUUAAAAUAUGUCAAGAACAGAAGGAAACCCAUGAUUGAACCCUGUGGAGUACAUAACGUAAUUUCACCCCAGUUAGAUGAAGUGGCAAACUUAUUUAAAUCACUUGACCCAUAUAAGGAAACUUUUUGCUUCCUGUUCUGUAGGAUUCCAUACCCAUUUGUGCGUGCAUCACAGCAUUCAUGUUGCAUAGUUAUGAAACCUACAAAUGGAGAUUUCCUCAAUGAUUACUUGAAUUCUAAAGACCUUCAUAUAGGAGUCACUUCAUCUGAGGGGUUAGUGGUGGAAUAUGACAAAAAUGGGUUGCAGCAUGACAAAGCGAGCUUGUGGAAACAGUGCUUAAUAGUAGAUGGUGCUGAUGAGUCUUGGAGUGAAAUAUGGGAUAACACUUUAAGACAUGUGUCCAGUCUAACUUGCUGGUCUCCUGAAAGGUACAAUGAAGAAAAUUUCAACUGCUACAAUUUUGUUUUGAAAUUUUUGCAAGAGUUGAGGCAUGGAGCCCUUAGUGCAGCCGCUGUCAGUAGAACAAGAUUUUGUGAAAGUUACAUUGUGCCUCAAACUACGACAGCAGGAAAAUACAUUUCUCUGUACCGAAAACUGAAAAAAAGUGGCUGCGUUAUUCACAGAAUAUCUUCAUAACACACUUAAAUAGGGAGUGUUUGUAUAUGUUGCAGUAUUUUUGUUUUAUCAUCUAAAUGUAUAUUUUUUUAAAUAAAAUUUACUAUUCAUAACAAAUA